AAAGCCAGCGAGUGCGGCGGUCCACACCUCUAACACUUCCUACGAACUACUCACUCUGUCACCGGUCCUUCACUAGACUGAUCACAUCCUCACACACACAUAUACACACACGUCCUUCCGGGGAGUUUUUGAACUGAUCCCCGCGUGAAAGAAAUCCGCGUCAAAAAGUAAUAACACACAAACCGACGAGAACGCGCCCGUCUUUCUUGCUGCUAACGCCAAAUCUAUUAACAAUUAUAUCUCGAAAAGAAAGAAAAAAUCAUAUUUAUUGAAAAAUCUUUUUGCAAUUUUUCGUACUCGUCCGAGUGCUCUGCUAUUUAGUGUUCGAUCUUUCUCAGUCGACGGAACUCUCGCCGACCAUCAAAGGUAAAAUCCAAGCAAUUUUUAUCAAUCACUCGCAGACCGCCACGUUAUUGUUUCCAAACGCACUCAAUCAAAACAAAAUCAAAUCCGAGUUGACGUUCCUUUUAGUACAAAAAAAAAAUCGUAAGAAAAUAAUAAUAAAAAAAUAUUUUUACGAACGGUUGUAAUUUUAUAAAUUUUUAUAGUGUUGUCAUUCUGGUUUUGUUUUUGGCGUUUUUGAAGGCAAAGACGACGCGUCUUGUCCAAGAAUUAACGACAAUCAUUGAUCACUUAAAUGUAAGUAAAGUAAGUUUUGUGUGAUAGACGCGUAGAUAUUAUCUAAUUAUUGGAGAGUUUUGCCGCGGACGAACGGCGUUCCUCCUUGAGUUUCUUGACCUGAGAAGCUACUCGUUGUCCUAUCAGUUGACGCGAGUUGCCAACCACACCGUCCUCUUAUACGACUCUCCGAGACGAGCUUUAUCGUAUUUAUAUAAUACAUAGUUAAGUAAGGAUUUUUCGAAGGGCCCAGUGCAAUAUUUUUUAGGAAGCUUAAAGCUCCCUUACUCGCAACCAAGUCAAUAUUCUUCACAAAUUGCAUGUUAUUCGAAUUUUAAUCAAUCACACUAUUCAAUGUUCGUGGUGUUUGUGUCUUAGACAAUCAUUUUUUCUGUGUACAUAAAGUAAAAAUUUUGAAAAAAAAUUCUCGCACUCACAUCACAUUCACCUUCCUACGCGUUUCAAUUAAUUCGAACAUAUCCUAGACAAUCGGUUUCGAGUUGUUGUUAUUGUUGUUAUUUAUUUAUUCGAAGGUUGUGUCAAACACAGUAUUAUCUUCACAAAAAUAGGAAAAGCAAUCGAAUUAUCCUUUCAGUAUAAAUCAUCCAGUUGUACUCAUUGUAACAUACAUAUCUCUAGAUUAAAUUACUUAAAUAAAAUUUAAAAAAAUAGUAUAUUUUAUCUAACGCAAAGUUUAUAUAUCGCUCAGUUAUUGAUUGUAAUCAAAGUAUUUAUAGUUGAGAAAAUUUAUAUAUAUAUACAGUUAGCGAAUUUAGACUUAAUUGUUUUUUGACAAUCGUGCAAUAUCGCAACGGAUACCAAAUAUCAAUUAUUGAAGACAAUCGGUCGAAAUUUUUUGGUGACAAUCGUUAGGGUCGUGAUAUAAAUUAGUGAAUUUUGAAAAUAGAAUCCGAACAUUAACCACCACCACCAUUACCACGACGUAUUUCCUCAACGCCCCCGGCCAAAUCCCUUACGUAGUGCCCUUGUGUCCUUUGGUACCCUGUCAAGAGAUCGCCGCUCCACCUAGUGCUUACGCCCCGUGUCCUGUACCCUGUCCCUGUGGCCAAUGUGCCCCCCCGCACAUGUACAAUAACCAUCACCUGGCCGCCCCGAGUACGCUCAUCGUCAAUAGAUACACUGAAAUCAACUACUUCGACAAUCCGCAAGCUGCCAACUUAGAAAAGUACGUCUACGACAUGAGAGGAAGCGAAGAACUGCUAUCGCAGUCGAACGUAUCAGUGAUGGCUCCUUCAGCCCCUCACGCAGACAACAACAAUCAGGAAAAUGCCAAAAAGGUGAAGUUGGACCAACAGAACAACGUCGGUAAACCGUCGCGAGUUAUUCACAUCCGUAACAUUCCAAACGACGUAUCGGAAGCCGAAAUUGUUCAUUUGGGAAUACCUUUCGGAAGAGUAACGAACGUUUUAGUACUCAAAGGGAAGAAUCAAGCGUUCUUAGAAAUGGGUGAGGAAUCCUCGGCUACAACAAUGGUCAAUUAUUUCUCCAGCUCGAUGGCGCAGCUGAGAGGAAGAGCGGUCUAUGUACAAUACUCGAAUCAUAAGGAACUCAAGACGGACCAAACACAUUCGAAUGCGAAUGCUUCAGCUCAAGCUGCCCUACAGGCCGCCCAAGCUUUGACAAGUACCCAAAACUCGAUAACGCCCACUUCAACUCCUGCCACACCUGUCACCAAUGGACAAGACAUCCAAGGAGGACCUAACACGGUGUUGCGAGUCAUCAUCGAACACAUGAUAUAUCCCAUAAGUCUAGAUAUUUUGCAUUUGAUAUUCCAACGUUUCGGAAAAGUUCUCAAAAUCGUCACCUUCACCAAAAAUAACUCAUUCCAGGCGCUGAUCCAGUACCCCGACACGGCGUCGGCCCAAUCGGCCAAACAGGCCCUCGACGGCCAAAACAUCUACAACAGCUGUUGCACGUUACGCAUCGACUACUCGAAGAUGUCAUCGUUGAACGUCAAAUACAACAACGACAAAUCGCGCGAUUACACAAACCCCAAUCUACCCACCGGCGACGCCAACGACCAACUCGCGACGCUCGGCGGCGGUCUCGCCGGCGGCUUGGGGGCCGACAUCCUCCUGUUGGCGGCACAGCCGCGACUGGCCCGCGAACGCAUGGCCGACUCGAUCCUAGCGGGAACUCCUGGUGUUCUAAGUGGGCCCUUCAUGCACGGUCUGGCGUCGACGCUAGCGACGCCCUAUGGAGGCGGCGUCGCCGGCGGCAUCCCGGGACUUGGAGGAUUCGCAUUGGGACAAACGGCGCCCGGAUUGAGGGGCAUCGCGGCGCCGGGAUUGGCACUCGCAACCGUCUUACUCGUUAGUAAUUUAAACGAAGAGACGGUCACGCCUGAUGCUCUCUUUACACUAUUUGGGGUGUAUGGCGACGUGCAAAGGGUGAAAAUCUUGUACAAUAAGAAAGACUCGGCUUUGGUCCAGCUCGCGGAGCCUCAUCAAGCACAUUUGGCUAUAACGCACAUGGAUAAACUGAAAGUGUUCGGAAAAACAAUCAGGGUAAUGUUGAGUAAGCAUCAAUCGGUGCAAAUGCCGAAAGAAGGUCAACCAGAUGCCGGCCUAACGAAAGACUACAGUCAAAGUCCGUUGCAUAGGUUUAAAAAGCCGGGAUCGAAGAAUUAUCAGAAUAUUUAUCCGCCCUCGUCGACGCUGCAUCUUAGUAAUAUACCGGCGACGAUCAACGAGGACGAUAUCAAAGAGGCUUUCACCAAGAACGGGUUUACAGUAAAGGCCUUCAAAUUCUUCCCCAAAGACAAGAAGAUGGCGCUGAUCCAACUACCGAGCAUGGAGGAGGCCGUGGAAGCCCUGAUCCGGAUGCACAACUACCAACUUUCCGAAUCGAAUCACUUGCGAGUCUCCUUUUCGAAAUCGAGUAUAUAAUCCAACGUUUAAAAAAAAAAACAAACAAACAAACAAAAGAGAACUCCGAUUGCACAGUACAGUAUUCAUUCCAUUCGUCGUAGCGACGAAAUUAGCUAAUAUAUUAUAUAAUUGCAGCGCUUAUUUAUUGAAUAGACUGUUUCUGGCAGGUUAAGCUUUGAUUAUAUCGACAAAUCAGUAUGACGUUAGUAUUUUUUUAAAGAGAUGUUAGUUAUUAAGUUGUAUUUUCUAAGUAUUGUUAAAUGGAACAGAAGGAGUAUUUUUUUUAUUUUAUGACUUAUACGAUGAUAACGAUGAUGAUAUUUAGUUGUGUUGCGUUCAGUAUUGGAUGGCUUUAAAAUUCUUACAACAAAACGAGAGAAACAUAGGUGAUUAUGUGGAUCAAGUCGCCGCGAUGUUAUUUUUUGUAAGUUUAUAGAGAGUGUUAGUGUUAAGGGCGGGUUGUUCACCGACCACGGCCUACUAGUAUUAAUUGGCUAGUAUUGUUAGGACGUCGCGGACAAAUUAGCGUAUCGUAGUUUUAGCCAGUGAUUAGUUUAGGGUAAACCACAGGGUGUAGAUGUACCCUAGAGAUAUGGAUGUGUUGUCUUGUAGAUCCAAGAAAACGAUUCAUAUUUUAUCACGCCGAGGUCCGGCAAUCGUGUCCUUACUUACAUGAAUGAAUCUCUUUAUUUUUUCUAAGACACGCUCGCCAGAUCUCCGGUUUAUUAAUUAUAACGGUAUAUAUUUCUCUCUUUAUCUUAUAAACUAUACACUUGACAAUCAUAGAUCAUUACUAUUAGAAGAAUCAAGACGCGUGAUUUCGCUGUCUCUUUCAUCCAAUCAAAAAGGGACAUAUCGCUGGAUGUUAUUUGCCAAAUUCAAAGUCAAUAUCUACAAUACUUGUGACUAAAUGUCUAUUUUUUUAAGUGCGCACAAACUUAGUUCGAGUCGCUUCUCAGGAUUUUCUUUCAUUUUUUCAGUUUUGUUCAGUGUGUGUUAUUUUUUUUCUGUUUGAUAAUUAAACUUUUUCUUUGUA